AUGGAGGACAAAAGUAGCCAUUAAGCAAAUGACAACGGAGAAGCUAAAAAUAGCAUCGAUGAACAUUCAAACUAAAUAAUUGAACAACUAAAAAGUAAUAAAGUUGAGCUUCAAUAAACCGCUGUUAGAGUUAGAUAAAAAACCUGCACAUUCAAUGAAGUGAAAAAAGAUGAACUUCCUUCUUUUGCACCUGGUUGGAAAGUAUAAAGAAGAAUGACAUUGCAUUAAAUGAAAAAUAGAGAUUAAUAAGAUCCAUCACUACAAAAAUACAAGAAAGAUCUAAUUGGUGAAGUUGAUGAUGAAGAAGUAGCCUAAUAGAAGACUACUGAGGUUGAAAUAAUUAAAAUAGAGAUUGUUUGCAAAGAUAGACCAGAAGGAAAUAUUAUUCUUGAUUUUACUAAUUAGAAUGUAAAUGAAAAAGAAACAUUCAUUAUUAAAGAAGGGUCUGUUUAUUUCAUGAGAGUUUAUUUCAGAGUAAGAUAUGAUAUUGUGUUUGGCCUUAAGUUUGUGAAUAAUGUAUAUAGACACUUCAUGAAAGUUGAUAAAUACGAAGAAAAGAUGGGUUGUUUUCCUCCUAAAAAAGAAAUUUAGUAAAUUGAUUUAGAUCCUGAAGAGGCUCCUUCUGGAUUUUUAGGUAGAGGUUCAUAUAAGGGGAAAAUUAUGUUUGUUGAUAAUGAUGGUAUUGUUCACAUGCAAUUCGAAUACUUGCUUAAAAUUUGCAAGAAGUGGACUGAUUGA